UUGGUGGACAGUUUUGUGGUGAGUUCAUUCUUCUAGUCAGAACAAACCGAACAAAAAGAUCCGGAUCUUCUGUAAUUUCAAAAAAAAAAACGAUCAUUAACUUUCUGCAGAAAAGUUCUCACAAUUUUUUUGAAAUCAACAUUAUAAAUGAAUUUUAAAAUUUGAAAAAAAAACGCAUCUAGAAAUAAUAAUUAUAUGAUAAACCAAUAAUUUUUAAUAAUUAAUCAAUAAUUUUUUUUUACAGAAAAUGAGUUCUUCAUCUUCCGCUGAAAUGGUUUAUCCAACUUGUGGAGAAUCACCGGAGAAAAGAGCGAAGAGAAUCGAGAGAGAAAAACGAAAAGUGUACGAGAGAUUCGAGUCAAAAAAUGUGGACCUAGAAGCGGCUGAGAAUUUCUAUUUCCAUUCGGUUCACGAAAGCAUGGAGUUUCCCAAAGAUUUGCCUGUAGAAGUCGAGGAGCAAUUGAACAAAAAUCUUAUUUUGGCGAUGAUGCGAAUGGCUGAAAUUUUUGAAGCUCCGGUGAGUUGAAACACAAUUGAGAGAGAGGGUUUGAAAUUGAAUAACAUUUUAAAUCAAUUCAAUUUUGUGUUUUUUCAGGAUCUUCGAAUUGGAGUAAACGACAUAAUAGGAGUCUUGUGCGUCACCAACGAUUACCACUCUCAUGUAUUAUUGAAGGGGUGGACCAAGAAUCUCUUUGAUAUCAAUCAACAGAUUACAACUCUUCUCCCAACUCUCCAACGUGAUGCUCUUCCAAAUAUCCAGCAGUUAUGCACCGAAUUCGCCCCAGUCCUCUUGAAUAUUGAAUCGGAACCGAUCGAAAUGCGAUUCAGAAGAUGUAUUCAUGUUAUGUCCGCUGGUAAAGAUGCAGCGUACCUGGAAGUGGACACCGGACGUGUAAGUUUUUUUUCACCUAUUUUUUUCUCUUCUGAAAAUAUCUUUGAUAUGCGGGGAGGUUCAGAAACCCAACAUAUCUAUCCCGCUGCCCUGAAAAACAAAAAAUUUUUUUCAGAUCCGGAUCAUGAAUUCGGUGGAUGACACAAUGGUUGUUCAAAUGCCGAGCGAAUUUCUCUCAAUUCCACCGGCGAUUGCGGAACUGCGCCUCAAUAAUCGAUUGUAUUUUGUGAGUUGUUUUGUUGGAAGAAAGAAGCGAAUUCAAGCUGUUAGAAGAUUUCUAGCUUUUUUAAAUUGAUUUUAUUUUUGAAGCUCAAAAUCCAAUUUAGAAAAAUUAUUAAUAUUCCCAAAGUGCGUUAGGGAUUCUCUUUCUCUACUUUUCUAAUUCAAAUUUCAAUGUUUUCCAAUUUUAUUUGAGAUAUUACCAAAGUUCUGAAAUUUUAGAUUUUCUAAAUGCCAAGACAAAAACAAGUUUUUGAAAAAGGAUUUUUUCAUAGAAGCUUUUGAAACAUUAGUUCUGAAAAAAAAUUUCAAAAAGUAAAAAAUCCAGAUCCUCUCUCUCUCUCUCUUAUUUUCCGAAAAAACUCAAUUUGAAUUUUUUUUAUUUCAGCGAACACCGUUCAUACAGCUGCAGUAUCAUCGAAUGGAUCUACUGAAAUCAAUUGAUAUUGUCUCCUUCGACAAAUUGGAGAGAGCUGACGGGAAAAGUGAUAAAGGACGGGCAGUGGUAAGUUUAAUGUUUUCUAUGGGAUCUUAUUCGAAGAAAUCGAUAAUUGUUUGCAGGUCGCCGAAAUUCGUGAAGCCGUCAAAGGAGAAAAGAAGUUUUAUUGA